AUGCUAGGUGUACAAGUUCAGUACGAUGCAAUCCGUCCUGAACAAGGUGAAGGCUUCAAUUCAACUACUGGUGAGACAGUACGACACGACCAUGGCAUGAAGAGAUGGAUCCGUGGGUUUUUUGCUCGCAGGUGGUACAUCAAGCUCUGGAAUGCCGUCUUCUUCCUGGGAGCCCUUGUCACCUGUGUACUUGGAACGUAUUCUUCUGUCAAGUCUAUGGUUGAUGCGUAUGCCUCGGGCUCCUCGACAGCAUUCAGUUGUGUGGGACCAGUUUAA